CAUCUCUAACCCGCUGAGCUUUGGCUGUUCCACCUACUGCAGGCUGGCCACCCCGCCGCGGAGACAGCGGGCCAUGGCGCGGGUGCUGAUCGUGGGCGCCGGGCUGACGGGAAGCCUGUGCGCAGCGCUGCUGAGGAAGGCGGCGACCCGUCCUUUGCACCUUGCUGUGUGGGACAAGGCCGAGGACUCAGGGGGAAGAAUGACCACAGCCAGCAGUCCUCAUAAUCCACAGAGCACAGUGGACUUGGGUGCCCAGUACAUCACCUGCACUCCUCAUUACGCCAAAAAACACCAGAGUUUUUAUGAUGAACUGUUAGCUCCUGGUGUUUUGAAGCCUCUGACCUCUCCUAUUGAAGGAAUGGUGAUAAAAGAAGGAGAUUGUAACUUUGUGGCACCUGACGGAGUUUCUUCAAUUAUUAACCAUUACUUGAAAGAAUCAGGUGCUGAUGUCUACUUCAGACAAUGUGUGACCCAGAUCAACCUGAGAAAUGACAAGUGGGAAGUCCUCAGGGAAACAGGCUCCCCUGAGCAGUUUGAUAUUGCUGUCCUCACGAUGCCAGCUCCCCAGAUUCUGCAGCUUCAAGGUGACAUCGUCAACUUAAUUAGUGAAUGCCAAAGGCAGCAACUGGAGUCUGUGAGCUACUCCUCUCGCUACGCGCUGGGCCUCUUUUAUGAAGCUGGCACGAAGAUUGAUGUCCCUUGGGCUGGGCAGUACAUCACCAGUAAUCCCUGCAUUCGCUUCAUCUCCAUUGAUAAUAAGAAACGCAAUAUAGAGUCAUCGGAAAUCGGGCCUUCCCUUGUGAUUCACACCACUGUCUCAUUUGGAGUUACAUACUUGGAACACAGCACUGAAGAUGUGCAGGAGUUAAUCUUCCAGCAGCUGGAAAAUAUUUUGCCUGGUUUGCCUCAGCCAGUUGCUACCAAAUGCCAGAAAUGGAGACAUUCACAGGUUACAAGUGCUGCUGCCGACUCUCCCGGUCAAAUGACUCUUCAUCGCAAACCUUUUCUUGUGUGCGGAGGGGAUGGAUUUACUCAGUCCAGCUUUGAUGGCUGCAUCACUUCUGCCUUAUGUGUUCUGGAAGCUUUCAAGAAUCAUAUUUAGUACCUGUAUUCUUAUUUUUUACAUGUACUUUGGGGUUUUCACAAUUUUCUGUCAUUGAUUAUUUUGUUUUAUAUUUUGUUAAGAGAAAUUACUGGAAAAUUGUUCUUUACUGAUUGUUAUUUUUCAUAUGGAGUAAAAAAUCAAUUUUAUAAUUUCAAUAGUUACAAGUCAUGCUAGAAUGAAAUUCCUUGUACUUUAUACUUUUCUCCACUUUUCUGAAUUGCCAUGUCUACUCCUUGUUGGAGGCAAAGUAGUGCUUAAGAAAAACAAAUGACUCUCCCCCCACAUUAUGUCAAAUCAAAGUAACAGUUCAUGUUCAGAAACCUUUAUUAUUCUUUUGAAAAUUUCAAUCCCAAGUGAAGAAUAAUCAUUAUCAAGGCCUCAUUAUAAAUCUUCAAGUAUGUCCUUGAUUCAGUAUUUUUACAAAUUGCCAAACUACAAGAUUCCUCCAAACUGUGGAUAACAGAGUGUAAUUUUUGUUUCUCAUUUCUCUUCCAAGUUAUUAAAUGAUCCUGAAUUGUAGGUCACAUAUGUCAUCAUCUCUAGGAACGCAGUUUGGAGGGCAACUUGACUGACAAAGAAAUGCCUCUUCAAAUUUUCAGAAAAUAACCAGAUUCAACUUGACUUUCCAAGUCACACAGUACUUUUUAACCUUAGGGAAAAAAAAUCCAGUCUUAAUAGGAAAGAUAAAAAUUAAAGAGAAACUGAGAGAAAUUAUAUUGAUCUUUACCUUUUGCUAUCUCCUGUCGCUAGUGCUGUUACUUUUAUGUCCUCUGCAGUAUGUGCUGUGGCAUUUAGACUCUGUCAAGUUUAAUGAAUUUAAUACAAAAAAAUUUACUGAACCAGAAAAUAGAUGCACUUAAAACAGUUCAAUAUUUGCCAACUUAGCGGUUCAGCAUAUCACCCACAUGCUUCAGUGACAACCCCAUGACUUGCUGGCCGGAGAGAAAUUGAUCCCCAGCCUUCCAAACAAGCUACCUGUUGCUAAUUUGGAAAGUGAAAUGCUGAGUUCCAUUUUGCCAUUUUGAAAGGAAAUAAAUUGUUGCAGCCCCUCAAACUGAGAAAAGUUCAACCAAAGACUCCUUAGCUUGGUAGUAUUUAAAAUCUCACACUUACGUGCCCACUAUCAUACAUACACACACACAGGCACAGGCAGAAUUUGUUUGUGUAACUACAGAGUGGGUUUUGUGAUUCUAUGAAAUGUCAUUAUACACCUCCUAUCAGCAAUCAAUUCAUGGAAAACUGAAAUGCCUACAUGUGGUUAACAUCACUUAUUUUUGAAAGCAUAGAAAGGAAAAGGGAAAUUACUGUGAUCUCUGGUAUGAUAUGAUAAAAAUAUUGAGAUUUCUUUCAU